UGGAGCGAGGUGGGGGGACGCCUCGACAUGGCGCGCUUGGAGAUGGAUUGAGCGUUCCAGUGACAGGUGCGCCGCGAUCGGGUGACGCGCCCUGCAGUGGCUACCGCCAGCUGAGGUGGGAGAAGUGCUCAGACCAUGAACGUGCUGCACGUGUUGAGCGCGUUUGUGGCUGUUGCCAGCUGCGGGCAGUACGGGCCCCGCAAGCCAGGCAGAUGCGAGCCGAUCACAAUUUCCCUGUGCAAGGACAUGCCGUACAACGUCACUCGGAUGCCGAACAUUGUCGGCCACGAAACCCAAGAGGAGGCUGCACUGCUGCUGCGUCACUUCACGCCGCUGAUCGAGUCCGACUGCAGCAGCCGGCUGCGCUUCUUCCUCUGCUCGCUCUUCGUACCGCUCUGCUCGGAAAAGGUGGACGCGCCCAUCCCCAGCUGCCAGUCGCUUUGCUUCGAGGUCAAGGACAAAUGCCUGCCGCUGCUGCAGUCCGUGAAGAUGCCGUGGCCGCAGGUGCUCAACUGCUCACAGCUGCCGCGCGAGAAGGCGAGCGACGACUUGUGCAUGUCGUACCCGAGAGACGGCGAGCCAGCGCGACGGCCGCCGAGCGGGCGCGUGCCCCAGCUCGACGCGCCCUACCUGAUGGCUAAGUACCCACGCCGGGACUGGGAUGGUCUGCUACCGGGUGGUCGUGCCGCGCCGCCGCCCGGCUGGCCGGCCCUACCGCACGACUGCCGGCCGGCCUGCGGAGCCGAGGUGCUCUUCACCACCGCCGACCGGCAGUUGACCGAGCUGUGGAUGACGGUGUUGGCGACGCUCUGCUUCCUCUCCACGCUCUUCACGGUGCUGACUUUCUGGAUCGAUACGACGCGCUUCAAGUACCCGGAGCGGCCGAUCGUGUUCAUCAGCAUGUGCUACAACAUCUACUCGCUCGGCUACCUGCUGCGCAUGUUCCUCGGCACGGACCACGUGAUCUGUGACGUCACCUCGGAGGGGGAGCGCUACUUGAUCGACGAGAGCCUGGACGGUGCCGGCUGCAUUGUCACCUUCCUCCUGCUCUACUACUUCGGCCUGGCGUCGAAUCUGUGGUGGGUAGCGCUCACCUUCACCUGGUUCCUGAGCGCCGGCCGGAAGUGGAGCUCGGAGGCUAUCCAGCACUACGCCACGCACCUACACGCCGUAGCCUGGGGCGUGCCGGCCGUGCUCACGCUCGUCAUUAUCACGGCUCAGACCAUCUCGGGCGACGAGCUGACUGGCCUCUGCUACGUGUCGAGCCGGCAGCUGCCGCUCCUGACGCUGGUGGUGGCGCCGCUGGCGCUGCUUCUGCUCACCGGCGCGCUCUUCCUGACGCUCGGCUACGCCGCGCUCGUCAACAUCCGGCGCCGCAUGCGCCUUCACGGUACCAACACGCACAAGCUGGAGACGCUGAUGGUGCGUAUCGGCGUGUACGGCCUGCUGUACAUGGCGCCCGCCACCUGCGUGGUCGCCUGCUACCUGUACGAGUACGUGCACUGGGACACGUGGCGGGCGCGGGCGCUGCACGAGGCGAGCCAGUGCGUCGCUGGUGGCACCUGUCCGCUUCAGGCCAGCAUCCCGCCCAUCUCCGUGUUCAUGCUGAAGCUUUUCAUGUCGCUGGUCGUGGGCGUCGUGAGCGGCGUGUGGAUCUGGACGGCGAAGACGGCCAACAGCUGGCAUCGGUUUUGCGGCGAGCUGUGCUGCGGCCGCCGCCGCCACGGCGCCAAGGGCGGCGCGUGUCGCGCGUCUGAGGACGGAAACGGGACCGCUUACGAGCCGGGAGGAUUCGGCGAGGACUCGAGCCGUGGGCCGCGCGGCGGACCCAGCGCGCGCGACACGUAUGCCGUGCGCGAGAAUGCGCGCUGCGGCCACUUGCGCCGCGAUCAGCGGCUGGACUGCGGCGUGCCGUCUCCAGAGCCGGUCUGGAGAUCUGCCGAGAGCGCAGGACAGAACAGUCACGCUCCGGACCCGGGGCUGCACGCGAGCGAGGUGACCCUGACGUCCUGCCGUCGCUGGUGA